UCCUCAUUCAAAGAAUAUCCUAAAUAUGAAUUCAACACAAAUUCCCCCAGAUGAAGAUGAAGAAGAUAUGUUACUAGCCAUGCAACUAAUCGGUCUUCGAAUCGUCCCUUACGCUAUAAAAACUGCAAUAGAACUGGAUUUAUUGGAGAUUAUUGCCAAGGCCGGACCUUUGGGAACUCAUCUCUCACCCUUGGAUUUAGCUUCCAAAGUCGCUGCAAGAAAUCCUGAUGCUCCAAUGAUGAUUGAUCGAUUACUACGUCUUCUUUCUGCUUAUUCGGUAUGUACUUGUAAAUUGGUGAAUGACAAAGAAGGAAAAGAAUUUAGAAUUUACGGACUGGGAAAAGCCGGAAGGAAACUUAUUAAGGAUGAAGAUAGAUUUUCUUUGGCGUCUACUCUGCGUUUUACCAACCCCAAAUUUGAAGGCGAUAUGUGCUCUCAACUCACGGCGUCAAUACUGGAGGGUGGAGCACGGGCGUACGAGAGAGUAUAUGGGGAUUUGAUCUUUAAGGAUAUGGAGAAGAAUGAAAAUAUACGAGCUGAGUUUAACGAGGCAAUGCUUAACCACACAUCAAUAGUAAUGAAGAAGAUACUAAAGACUUACAACGGGUUCAAUAGUCUUAGUGGUGGAGUUUUGGUAGAUGUUGGAGGUGGCUUAGGUGCAAAUCUUGCUUUAAUUCUCUCCAGGCUCCCAAAACUUAAAGGUGUUAACUUUGACUUGCCACAUGUCGUUUCAGAAGCUCCCAAAAUCAAAGGUGUAGAACACGUUGGUGGUGACAUGUUUGAUGCAAUUCCACGGGGUCAAGCCAUAUUCAUGAAGUGGAUACUUCACGAUUGGAACGAUGACCAAUGUGUGGCGAUAUUAAAAAACUGUAAGAAAGCAUUACCAAAAAAUGGCAAAGUCAUUAUAAUUGAAUAUAUAAUGCCGCGAGAAAUAUAUGAAACCGAUCUAGCAACCAAAAAUUCACUGUUCUACGACGUGGGAAUAAUGUGUGCAACACAGGGAGGCAAAGAGAGAACCAAAGAAGAAUUCGAAGUUUUGGCUAUGAAAGCAGGUUUUAACCUCCCAAAUAUCAUUUACGGCGCUUACUCUUUUUGGAUCCUUGAAUUAUAUGCAGAUUGA